AUGACUGGAAUUGACUUCACCGUCUUCAAAGGCUCCCCCACUGGAAAGAUAGUCGAGUCAAAAACUCAUAAAGAAAGCAUCAAAACAGACGAGGUGCUACUCAAAAUCACCCAUGCUGGCUACAUGGUCCUCGGCCAUGAAGGUGUUGGCAUCGUGCAGCAGGUCGGGUCGCAAGUCACCUCAUUCAAAGUUGGCGAUCGUGCUGGCUGGGGAUACCUCCACAAUUCGUGUGGGCACUGUGAAGAGUGUCUCAACGCAAACGAGAUGUUUUGCGCCGAGAGAGCCAUGUACGCAUACUCAAACACUGACCAAGGCGCAUUCGCUUCCCAUGCGGUGUGGAAGGCAGCUUUUCUCUUUCAUAUUCCCGAUGCUAUCACUUCCUCUGACGCGGCGCCAUUGAUGUGUGCGGGAGCAACGGUGUUCAACGUGAUGUACUUGUAUAAUGUCCGACCUACAGACCGAGUGGGGAUUGUAGGCAUCGGUGGUCUUGGUCACAUUGCCAUCCAAUUUGCAGCGAAAAUGGGGUGCGAGGUUGUAGUUUUCUCUGGGAGCGGAAGUGCAAAAGAGUUUUACGUCACGAGAGGCGCGAGCAAACUGGAAAUCGGGAGACCGGUUAAGCACCUAUUUGUUACGUCCUCGCGAAUCCCUGACUGGAAUCUCUUCCUCCCGGUUCUGGCGUCUAAUGCUACUAUAUACCCUCUCACUUUUUCUGAGGGGGAUUUGGCCAUUCCCUAUGUGCCUCUCUUGUCAAAGGGGUUGAGAAUACAGGGAAGCUUUUGUGCAUCGCGUGGUGCCUACGUCAAGAUGCUGACAUUUGCGGCUGUCCAUCGCAUCAAACCCAUCACUGAAGAAUUUCCACUGACGGUCGAAGGAAUUGAAGAAGCCAUGGCUAAACUCGACAAUGGAGAAGUCAGAUAUCGAGCGGUAUUGGUGGCUGGCCAUGGGAGAUAG